ACACCUACUGACACUCACUCAUCUCCCAGAGAGAGAGAGAGAAAGAGAGCGCGAGAGAGCGAGCGCGAGAGAGCGAGCGCGAGUGAGAGCGAGCGAGCGAGAGAGGGAGAGACAAAUACCUACCAGAAAGGGGGGGAGGAAGUCCAAUUUUUGCAAACUAUUCAUUUUUUUCUUGAUUUUUCUCCUUGCUUUCUUUGAACAAUACUUUAAAGAGAGAGGAUCAUAUUAGAGCUAUUUUGGGGGCAAACCUAAAGGAGGGGGGAGGGGGGAGGAAAAAAUUCAAGAAAAAGAAACCCCUCGCGGAGUUUUACUGGAAGAAAAAAAAAAACGAGUCUGAAAGAUUGCUCCUCUUCAUCAUCAUCAACCAUCAUUCAUUCACUACCUUGACAUUCCGGGCUUUGAUUGACAGCUGGAGUGGCAAAAAGCCAUGAAACUCGACAGUUCGGUUACAUGUGGGCUGCUGACUGGCCGCUCGUAACCUUCAUUUCGGGGGUUUGACAAUUUUUUUUCUUCUUUUUUCUUUUUCUUUUCUUUCUUUUUUUUUCAACUGAGAGGAAGAGAAGAGAAAAAGAGAUAAAGGAGGACCGAAGAGGAGGAGGGGAGGGGGAGGAGGAGGAGGAGGUGGAGGAAGAUCAGGAGGAGGAGGAAGAAGAGGAAAAAAAGAAAAAGAAGAAAUAUCAUUGAAAAAAAAUCUUCGUUUUCUUGACUGGGCUUCCCCCACCCCCCUAAAAAUAACAUUGGAAAAUUGGGAGAAGUCUCCUUGGUUUGGAAAAAAAAAGACUCUUCAGCCUAGCUCACUUUCUUAUCCGGACUGGGAUAUUAAAUAUACGACACAUCCAGGAGUUUAUUGGAGCGCAGACUGAUGGCGCAAAGGUACGAUGAGCUGCCCCAUUACGGCGGGAUGGGCGGAGUAGGGGUUCCUGCUUCCAUGUACGGAGACCCUCACGCACCGCGGCCGAUUCCCCCGGUUCACCACCUAAACCACGGGCCGCCGCUCCACGCCACGCAGCACUACGGCGCGCACGCCCCGCACCCCAAUGUCAUGCCAGCCAGCAUGGGAUCUGCUGUCAACGACGCCUUGAAAAGAGACAAGGACGCAAUCUAUGGGCACCCGUUGUUUCCUCUGUUAGCACUGGUCUUUGAGAAGUGCGAGCUGGCGACCUGCACUCCCCGGGAACCCGGAGUGGCCGGCGGAGACGUCUGUUCCUCCGACUCCUUCAACGAGGACAUCGCGGUCUUCGCCAAGCAGGUUCGCGCUGAAAAGCCUCUAUUUUCCUCAAACCCAGAGCUGGAUAAUUUGAUGAUACAAGCAAUACAAGUACUAAGGUUUCAUCUUCUGGAGUUAGAAAAGGUCCACGAACUGUGUGAUAACUUCUGCCACCGGUACAUUAGCUGUUUGAAGGGGAAAAUGCCCAUUGACCUCGUGAUUGACGAGAGAGAUGGGAGCUCCAAGUCCGAUCAUGAAGAACUUUCAGGCUCCUCCACAAAUCUCGCCGACCACAACCCUUCAUCCUGGCGAGACCAUGAUGAUGCAACCUCAACUCAUUCAGCAGGCACCCCGGGGCCCUCCAGUGGGGGCCAUGCUUCCCAGAGUGGAGACAACAGCAGUGAACAAGGUGAUGGGUUAGACAACAGUGUAGCUUCACCUGGCACAGGUGAUGAUGACGAUCCAGACAAGGACAAAAAACGCCAGAAGAAAAGAGGCAUAUUCCCCAAAGUCGCGACAAAUAUCAUGAGAGCUUGGCUCUUCCAACAUCUCACACAUCCAUACCCUUCCGAAGAGCAGAAGAAACAGUUAGCGCAAGACACAGGACUGACAAUUCUCCAAGUAAACAACUGGUUUAUCAAUGCCAGAAGAAGAAUAGUACAGCCCAUGAUUGACCAGUCAAAUCGAGCAGGUUUUCUUCUUGAUCCUUCAGUGAGCCAAGGAGCAGCAUAUAGUCCAGAGGGUCAGCCUAUGGGGAGCUUUGUGUUGGAUGGUCAGCAACACAUGGGGAUCCGGCCUGCAGGUUUGCAGAGCAUGCCAGGGGACUACGUUUCUCAGGGUGGUCCAAUGGGAAUGAGUAUGGCACAGCCAAGUUACACUCCUCCCCAGAUGACCCCACACCCUACUCAGUUAAGACAUGGACCCCCAAUGCAUUCGUAUUUGCCAAGCCAUCCCCACCACCCAGCCAUGAUGAUGCACGGAGGACCCCCUACCCACCCUGGAAUGACAAUGUCAGCACAGAGCCCCACAAUGUUAAAUUCUGUAGAUCCCAAUGUUGGCGGACAGGUUAUGGACAUUCAUGCCCAAUAGUAUAAGGGAACUCAAGGAAAAAGGAAACACACGCAAAAACUAUUUUAAGACUCUCUGAACUUUGACCAGAUGUGACACUUAAUAUGAAACUCCAGACAGCUGUGAUUAUUUUUUACUUUUGUCAUUUUUCAUCAAGCAACAGAGGACCAAUGGGACAAGAACACAAAUGUGAAGUGAUGGGCUCAUUGAGACAAUAUUGUCCAUGCAAAGAUCCUCUGGAGAAAGACUCCGAGAGUUAUAACUACUGUAGCAUAAACAUAGGGACUAAGUUAAACUUGUACAUUUCUGUUGAUCACUCCGUUACGUUGCCUCAAAUAGUUUUAGAAGAGAAAAAAAAUAUAUCCUUGUUUUCCACACUAUGUGUGUUGUUCCCAAAAGAAUGACUGUCUUGGUUCAUCAGUGAAUUCACUAUCCAGGAGAGACUGCGGUAUAUUUUAAACCUGUUGGGCCAAUGAGAAAAGAACCACGCUGGGGAGCGCGAUGGACACUUGGCUGAACCUCAUCACUCUAUCUCCAGCGACUAGAAUGUGUUUUGAUGCCCAGCCUUUGUUCCCCCAUCAAUGUGUCCUUUAGUUUCAAACAGAUCUUUAUAGUUUGUGCUUCAUAAGCCAAUUCUUAUUAUGAUUUUGGGGGACUGUUCUUCAAAGAACUUGCCAAUGAAGAUUUAGAGACAGAGAGAAGGCUCCUUCAAGUUCCGAGCCUUGGCUGUGGACAAAACAAUCUUAAGUUGGGCAGCUUUCCUCAACACAAAAGAAAGUUAUUCAUGGUCGUUGCACCAUAAGUAGGAUUCUAUCAGGAACUCAAAGCUUGGGGGAUAAAAAGGAGCGAGAGAAUACUGUAACAAACUUCGUACAGAGUUCGGUCUUUUAAUUGUUUCAUGUUAGAUAUUCUAUGUGUUUACCUCAAUUGAAAAAAAAAGAAUGUUUUUGCUAGUAUCAGAUCUGCUGUGGAAUUGGUAUUGUAUGUCCAUGGGACCCUCUUUUCUCAGCACGUGUUCCUCACUAGAAGAAAAUGCUGUUACCUUUAAGCUUUGUCAAAUUUACAUUAAAAAUACUUGUAUGAGGACUGUGACGUUAUGUUAAAAAAAAAGGUGUUAAGUCACAAAAUGCGGUAAUAAAUAUUUCAUUUUUGAUUUUU